AUGUCCAAGAGAACCACUUUCACCACCAUUACCCCGCUGCCCGCGGGAGUCUCGCGAGAAACAGCACUCGAAACACUGCACGAUCACCUGGAGAUGAUCGACCUCAACCCGGCGCAUACCGAACGACAUCCGAUUGCGUCACCCGCAGAAGCCACACCGGAGGAAUACCACUGCGCAUGGUACUCCAUCACCGACCAGAUCUCGUACUUUCCAGGAUACAAGGGGAAAAUCUCCUUCAAAGCCUGUUUCCACGAUCUCGGAUUGGGGGUACAGAUCCACGUCUAUGCGCCCAUGGGACUAGAUAUCAAGGAGAAAUGGUCCAUAGGAGGAAACACCCCAGACGAACCCAUCCAACCCGCAGAGAUCGGAAUCGGCGCGCCAGUCUCUGGAUUAUACCUCCGAGAAGACGUUGAGAUCCGCUGCAAUUUCAUGCUCACCCGAUUCGUGCGCAAGCAAUUGAAAGAUGCCCUGUCAACAUUGGUGGCGCGGUUGAUGGUCAAGGCACAGUUGCAAGAGGCGACAGAGACGAACAGGAGAUUGACAUACACCACGAACCAAUCCUUCUCUCGCCGAUCGCAAGCUUCGUUCUCACCUCCUCCUUCAAACGCAUCAUUCUCCCCACCCAAUUCCCCGCCAAUGCACUCCCAGCCCAUGAUGUUGCGCCCCAACGCUCCUCCACUCGGCUCCCCUCCUCUCUCCCCUCCCUACACCGGCCAAUUCCCUCCCUCAGAAUACGCGCCCCCACCCCUCGAGUGCCCUCCUAGAUGGUCGGAACAACAUUCGCAGGUGGCGUAUAAACCGGAGAGGGAAUCGUAUCAGAAUCCAAUGUAUGACGAGAAGCCAGCGCACUCGAAUUAUCCGGUGUAUAAUGAAAUGGAUUCGAAUCAGAAGCCGAAACCGAUGGCUCCGAUUGAGCUUCCAUAG